AGAUUGUUGCACGAGCACAUACGACACAACUUCUGCAACGCCUUUGAGCCGAGAAGAAAUUUUUUUUUUUCCACUGGAGGAAGAGGCUUGUUUUUCACAUCAAGCCCUUUUUGGGUGACACCGCCAUUAAGGCAGAAGUCUCAACGGAGAACGGGAUGUUCAAGCUCGGCGUGCUGUUGGUUGCUCUUUUUAGAGCAGAUGCGAGUGUGCGUUUUGCCAGUCUGGGUGACAAUGUCAGCCUGCCCUGCUACUUUGAGCCCGGCGCCAAAUAUCUGUCCUGGUACAAGCAGGUGGCAGGCGACCGUCCGCAAGUAGUUUUGUCCUUCUACAUUUACGAGCAAACCCCUCACAGCCACAAGCGGAUAAAAUUCCACACCGGAGAAAAUUUCUUCCAUCUGAACAUUUCUGACGUGGAGCUCUCGGACACGGCCAUGUACUACUGCGGCCAGAGCAAACUCAAUAUCAUUACCUUUGAGAGUGGAAUCUUUUUGCUUGUAAAAGAAUCCGGUCGCCUGUCCGUCUUCCAGCAUCCGACGUCCAUCACAGUGUCCCCGGGUGGGUCCGCCACCCUGAACUGCACCAUGCACCCUGGAACCAGCGACGGGGGACACACGGUCUACUGGUUCCGAAAGGCCUCGGGCGACUCCCACUUGAUGUACGCGCACUCGGAGAACACUAGCGGGUGCGCGACGGCGUCGGAGUCGGGUUGCGUUUACAUGCUGUCCAAGCGGGACGUCACCCUGUCCGACGCCGGGACGUAUUACUGCGCCGUGGCCUCCUGUGGGGAGAUUGUGUUUGGAAAGGGGUCCAAAAUGGGAAUCAGAGGUGAAAAGAUACACUUGUACAUACUGCUAGCAUCUCUGCUUACGUCCCUCCUCGUCAUUGUCUGUCUUACGGUCCUCCUUUGCAAAAAGAGACAAAAAGACAACAAUUUCUCAGGGAAAAUAUCACAGCCAAAUGUAGCGGAUGACAAUACAGACGAGAACGAGGAUGACCCCGCUUUGCCGUACGUGGCUCUGGAAUUCAAAAUGAGAUCGUCCAACAGCGGGAGACAAAGGGGCCCGGAGGAGAGCGUUUACUCCGGAUUGCGACUCCAACAUGCAGAUUGAUCAACAUCAUCGGCGCUUAAUACCCGAUUGCAUUGUAAGAUAUGAGUCUUAUAAUAAAACAAAUAGUGGACCAACAAUGUUUGAAAA